GACUCUUGACUGCGGUUGGCGUGGAUCUACAACUGCGUGUAGAACGGGAAAGCCGCGUAAGAACGGCCGCUCGCUACUGUAGCACAUACCAAAUUGUAUUCUGCUCAUUCGCCUGCGCGAGGCAAGCGUGACUAGCAGGGAGUGCAGGAGGGUCACGACAGCCAGUGGCUGAACUUCUCAUUCUCGCCCUCAAGCCACUUUUGAGGCGCCUCCGAGGCGAAAAUAGACUAAUUCUCGCCCUCGAUUCCCCCGCGAGCAACCCGUCACGCUUCCGUCUCGCCUCUACCAUCGCUCCUCCUCUCCCUGCUCCACUUAAUCCCCCACGCCUUCUGCCUCGCACCCUCCGUCGCGUCGCGUCACGAGCGCAGAACGUUCAUAGUACCGCCGCGUGGCCAUUGUCUCGACUCAAACAGACAGGCCCGUCUGCGUGGGAAGCGUUAGCGAUGUCAGCCUGCGACCAGCUGCUAGCCGCAGCAGUAAUGCUUGGGUAUCAAAGCCUGUGAUGAGAGUUACAGCCUGGGUUACAGUUCGGGUUACAGCUCAGGUUACAGCUCGGGUUACAGCUGGGGUUACAGUACGGGUGACAGUCGGGGUGAGAGCCAUGGCGGUUCUCCCCUCCUGUCUGCUCUCCUCCGCGGCCCUUCCCCCUCGCCUGCUGCCCAGUAUCACCGAGAUUCAGAGUCCUGUUUCGCGCUCGUCUAUAACGCGUACGGCCUCCGCCUCGACCAAUUCCACGUCGACAAUCUCACGCUUCUCCUGCUGGGUCCCCGCAUCUCGCGGCGAAACCCGCCGCAUCUGGCGCCGCGAAUCCCGCCGCGAAUCUCGCCGCGAAUCCCGCCGCAGUUCCCGCUAAACCGCCUCUACUGCUCCUGCACGGGUUCGGCGCGUCGUCGCUAAACCACUGGAUCAAUCAGCUCCCCGCGUUUUCCCGCCAUUUCGACCUCUAUAUUCCCGACCUCCUGUUCUCCGCGGCUCGUUCUCCCGCAGCUCGCGGCGCGACGAGCGCUUCCAGGCGGAGGCGAUGAUGGCGCUGAUGGACCAGCUGCGCGUCGAACGGUGCGCGGUAGUGGGCGUGAGUUACGGCGGGAUAUCGCUCACAAAAUGGCCACACUGUGUCCCGCACGAGUGACCAAGCUUGUCCUGGGUGGAGCGGGGCUCAUGCUAACCAAAGGGGAGGUGCAGGGGGUGCUGCGGCAGUGGCAUGCGGACACACCCACGGACCUCUUCCUGCCUGCCGAGCCUCGUGGCUUGCUCCGGCUGAUCAGGCUUGGCAACAACGAGGCGCCGUACCUCCCAGACUGGCUGCUGCAGGACGCCCUAGAGGUGCUGUUUGAGAACCGGGCGGAGAAGGCAGGGCUGCUGGAGGAAUCGCUGAAAGCAGCCGAGGCGAAUGCAGAGGACCCGGGGAGCAUUGCUGUGCCACACAUGGGAACCUACUUGUGUGGGGCGGCAGCGACCAGCUCUUCCCUCUCGCCAUCGCGCAUCGCAUGCAGCAGUGAGCCCCUCUCUAUUUCUUCUGGUAACUUCCAAGCGAGUAAAAAGCGAGCAUAUGGGAGUCCACAUGAGGUAAGUUGGUUCUCAAAUACCAGCUUACCGCAUGCAGCAUGAGCCCCUCUCUACCUCUCCCACACUUGUUUAGGCGAGUAAAAUGUUAACCAGCUCCUCCCUCUCGCCAUCGCUUGUCGUGCAUAUGACAAAGAGAGGUUUCCCUGCCUGGAAGGGGCAGGGAAGCACCCGUAAACCUCUCUUUGCCCCUCCCGCCCUGUCCCCAUCCCUCACGCCUUCCUCCCCCACGCAAGCACCACACGUUCGCAUGCGUGCACCGUGCACAUGCUUCCCUGCCCUUCCCAGGCAGUGCGAGGACCGUGUUCCCUUGGUUUUUUCUUGCGCCCUUUCCCACAUAACCUCCCCUGUUUCGCCCCUUAGCUCUCUCACUCCUCGCUUGAGUCGAAUUUAAAGCCAUGCGUCCUCACGCACACAUUCCCACGCUGUCUUAGUUGGUGAAACGAUCAUGCUACCCGUUGAAUCAAAAAUAUACCUCCACGCGUGCAUGCACAAAAGGCUUAUAUUCGUGCACACACGCACACACAAGGCUCAUAGGCGACACAUGCAUUCCCAUGCCUUCCCAGGCGGUGCAAAAAUUUUCACCUUUGCCUUUUCCUGCUUCCUUUGCCAGUUCCCCUCUCUGUUUCGCCCCUUAUCUCUCCCACUCCUCUCUCCCUGUCUCCAUCCUAUCACUCCCCACCUCCCCACCACCACCUGCCCCCUCAGGCACUUUGGCUCGAGCUGUCGCCUGGAGGUGAUUGGAGAAGGGUGCACAUGCCAUUCAGUGUGUGCUGUCUAAUUGCAUUCAUGUGGCCAUGUGUAUGCAUUGCCAUUCAUGCAUUACCAUUCAUGCAUUGCCAUUCAUGCAUUGCCAUUCAUGCAUUGCCAUUCAUGCAUUGCCAUUCAUGCAUUGCCAUUCAUGCAGUGCCAUUCAUGCAUUGCCAUUCAUGCAUUGCCAUUCGUGCAUUGCCAUUCAUGCAUUGCCAUUCAUGCAGUGCCAUUCAUGCAUUGCCAUUCAUGCAUUGCCAUUCGUGCAUUGCCAUUCAUGCAUUGCCAUUCAUGCAGUGCCAUUCAUGCA